CCCCCUCCACGUUAUAAUCUGAUUUCCCCCCCUUCUCUUCACUUAUUCUGCAUAUGCUUCUUUAAUUUCCCUUCCCUCCAAUAAUAUCUAUUAAUAAUCUCCUCCAGUUCCUCUCACCAACCAAACACACCCUUACCCUUCCCACAAUCUCACUCUUCACCUCAACAUGGCCGCUCCCAGCGACGACGAUCACCGGUACGAAACCUCCGACGACGACGACGACACCGAGGACGAAACCUCCUCCUCCGACGAACUAGGCCGCCACGCGUCCGCCGCCGCCGAGGAGGACGCGGCGUUGGGGUCGAGGAGGAGCGGCAGCUUGUUCAUGGCCUGCUGCGGCGGCGGCGGCGUGGGGUGGCCGGCGAGGAGUACGGCUACCACCAGCAGUACGAAGCUCCGGCGGCGGAGGGUGGCGGGGGAGUGGAACCGGAUCUACCUCUUAGCCUGCGCGAUGGGGCUGUUCGUGGACCCGCUCUUCUUCUACGCGCUCUCCGUCAGCGACGCCUACAUGUGUUUGUUCGUCGACGGAUGGUUCGCUCUCACCGUCACCGCACUCCGCUGCAUGAACGACCUCCUCCACCUCUUCAACCUCUUCCUCCGCUUCACCGCCGCCAACCACCGCUGGAGGACCACCACUACUACUACUGCUCCUGCUGCUGCCCCGACGCCCGGCCGGCGGUACUACUUGAAGGACAAGAAGGGGUUCUUCCUCGACCUCUUCGUCAUCCUCCCGAUACCACAGAUUGUAUUGUGGGUGGCAAUCCCUUCAGUACUGAAAGCCGGCUCCGUCACGGCGAUAAUGACACUAUUUCUGGUGACGUUCCUCGUCCAGUACCUGCCGAAGAUCUACCACUCCGUCCGCGUCCUCCGCCGCAUGCAAGAUCACUCCGGCUACAUUUUUGGGACCGUUUGGUGGGGCAUUUUCCUCAACUUGAUCGCUUACUUCGUCGCUUCCCACGCAGCCGGAGGUUGCUGGUACUUACUAGGCAUCCAAAGGGCAGCCAAAUGCCUUGAAGACCAAUGCAAAUCCACAACCCACUGCAUCCCCCAGAUCCUCUCCUGCAGACAGCCCAUCUACUACGGAUCCACCACCAGGCCCAUCGCGAGCCCAAGAGUCAUCUGGGCCCACAACAACCACACCAGGUACACAUGUCUGUCCUCUCCGGACCAUUACAGCUACGGCGCGUACAAGUGGACCGUCCAGCUCGUGGCCAACGAGAACCGGCUCGAGAAGGUCCUACUUCCGAUCUUCUGGGGGCUCAUGACCCUCAGCACGUUCGGCAACCUCGAGAGCACGACCGAGUGGGUCGAGGUCGUGUUCAACAUCAUCAGCCUGACCGGAGGAGUGUUGUUGGUGACGAUGUUGAUAGGGAACAUCAAGGUUUUCUUGAACGCGACGACGUCGAAGAAGCAGGCGAUGCAGCUGAGGAUGAGGAACCUGGAGUGGUGGAUGAGGCGGCGGCAGCUGCCCGUGGGGUUCCGGCAGAGGGUGCGGAACUACGAGCGGCAGAAGUGGGCGGCGAUGAGAGGGGUGGAUGAGUACGAUAUGAUCAGGAAUUUGCCGGAGGGGAUAAGGCGGGAUAUUAAGUAUCAUCUCUGCUUGGAUUUGGUCAGGCAGGUGCCGUUGUUUCAGCACAUGGAUGAUCUGGUGCUGGAGAACAUUUGUGACCGGGUCAAGUCGCUCAUAUUCACCCGAGGUGAAAUGGUAAGUUUAUCUUUCUUACCGUUGUUAUGGAAAGACAAAAUUCAGAAAUUUUCUCAAUACUAGACUUCCUAUAAAUAAAUAAAUAAAUAAAUUCUCAUACUAGAGAACUAAUUACUAGUUCGUUGGAGACUGAACGUGAACUACUCUAGAUUAUGGCCAAAUAGAGCGAACAUUCCUCAAACCAGUAUCGAUCGCGAGAAAAAAGGAGCGAUCAACCUAUAUUGCUGAUAACAACAAUGAUGUAGCACACCUAAAAUGGCUAGAGUUUUCAGCGAUCUACAUCUAACACACUUAAAAAAUUUGAAGGGUCAUAACUUUGUGCUCGAUUAUUUUAUCGUAGAAAUUGUUUCCGCAUGAGUCGGCUAAUCGAGCGUAAAGUUACAACCCUUUAAAGUUUUUAAGUGUGUUAGGUGUAGAUUUCUAGUUUAUUCAUCUAUUUUUUUGGGGGCAUGAUUCGUUGGAGUCAUCAGCGAUCUUGGUGGAUCGCUUUGGUAGGCCGGGACCAAAAUUGGAUCUCUUCGGUUGGGCGGGAUCAUGGCUAUAUUGCUCAGAUAACAAGAGAAGGGGAUCCGGUGCAAAGAAUGCUGUUCAUAGUGAGAGGCCAUCUCCAGAGCAGCCAGGUCCUGCGCGACGGCGUGAAGAGCUGCUGCAUGCUGGGGCCGGGCAACUUCUGCGGCGACGAGCUCCUCUCCUGGUGCCUCCGCCGCCCGUUCGUGGAGCGGUUGCCGCCGUCCUCCUCCAGCCUCAUCACGCUGGAGACGACGGAGGCCUUCGGCCUGGAGGCGGAGGACGUCAAGUACGUCACGCAGCACUUCCGCUACACGUUCGUGAAGGAAAAGGUGAAGCGGAGCGCCCGGUACUAUUCUCCCGGGUGGCGGACUUGGGCGGCGGUGGCGAUACAGCUGGCGUGGCGGCGGUACAAGCACCGCCUCACGCUGACGUCGUUGUCGUUCAUCCGGCCGAGGCGGCCGCUUUCCAGGUGUUCCUCGCUCGGGGAGGAUCGGCUCCGGCUCUACACGGCGCUGUUGACCUCGCCCAAGCCGAAUCAAGAUGAUUUUGACUUCUGAAUUCAUUCCUUCGUUUCAAAAUGAUUGGAUGUGCCGUACCCGUAAGUUUGUUUGGUAAUGUAAUUAUCAUGUAAUGGUGGUGGGCUGGUGGGCUUUCCAUUUAUUGAUACGCGACUUCAUUCCGGCCCAAUGGAUCCUCUAAGCCUUAUGGGCUUUAAGUAUUACCCAGUAAAACCUCUUAAAUAUGUUAUUUGGGCCUAACGUGGUGGCCUGAUGGGCACUCCACUUAUAUGGUUGUCAAACAUUUGUAUGUAGACCGGUAUAACUGGGUUCAAAUCAAUUAGUAUUAAACAAAAAAAGACUGAAAGAUUACUGGUAUAAUGCGAUUGUCAAAAUCGAGUAAAGAAUAG